UUGGCCGAAACGCCGUUCAGUUUUUAUUGCAGUUAUAAGUUAAUCACCCUGGUUACAAUCCGCCUGCAGCAACGAUCUCUGAUGCAAUGGCUGUCUCAUGCGACGAUCCACAACCACAAAAUGGAAAAUGUCUGCCCUCCCAGGAGAGUGGGGAUGCCGGUUUUUCAGCUGACAUGAAGCACAACUUCAGCGAUGAUCUCACAAAUAAAUUCAGUUCUGUGAGACCCAUGUUAAAGGAAGCAUCAGAGAUUGCUGCGUGUCAAGUGAUGAGAAAAGAAUUGCUGCACCAUUUAGCCUUUGAGUGUGCCGGAGAAGAGGUGACUAAUCUGGGAAUGAGUAAGCAGUCGAGCCCUAACCCGGAAGAGCAAUCAUUUCAAAGGAGGAUGGCCAGUGACGUGGUGGAAAGUUUUGCAUCAUGUUGUCCUAAAGGGAAAGCACGGAAAAUAAUGCAAAAGAAGCAUCGUCGGGUUUCAGAAAGAGGAAGAACUGCUAAUCGGCAGAGCAGAAAACAGUGGAAAUUCUUUCAUCUCUUAUGCUGUUGCAUUUUGGCAUUGGGAUUAGUUGAUGUCUGCGAGGCAUCUGCUGGAAAUCCAGAAUCCACAUCUGGACUCAAGAUUGAUGAAGCAUCUACUGAAGGAAGUACUUGUUUUACCUGCAUGGACAAGGACAGGUGUCCAAACCUGACAACAAUAUAUGCGAAGGAAGACGUUCUUGUCUAUGUGAGAUCCACUGCAGAAAAACUUCCCAAGUGCUCUGGAGCCCUUCCAAUCACCAAGAACUGUUCUGUAUGCUGGUCCCAGUCAGAUGUGAUCAUCCACUGUCCAAAGAACAUCAGUAAAUUUGAUGUUGAGGAUAGUAAUGGCUCAACCAUCUCAAACAUCGUUAAAGGGUGUAAACAGCAGAAGAACUCUUACCCUGCACCAAAUGGAUCAGCUAAUAAAGGAAGUCACGCUCAGUCUCCUAGUGGACUCUUGUGUAGUCUUGUUGCCUUUUUGAUGGUCCCGUCUCUGUCUUCAUGGGGAUCAUCACUGUACAUCCAGGGUAGCAUCUAGCUCCACCGAAUUUCAUCCGAAUAUCAUCCACUCCACUGUUCGUUCCGAGUCCCAAAAACCUUCCUGGCUCUCCAGUCGACCGCUGCUCCUCCAGCCCUGCUGGCCUCCUUGGCUGCAAUCACCACCGAGCCUGUUCACCUCCGACGUUGAAUCCAUCGAACCUCAAUCAAUCCUGCUUCUCGGUGAAGGCGGACGCUUUUCUUUUCUCCCCUCUUUCUUCUCCUCUCCCUCCCUGACUUCCCUGCCUGCUUCUAUCAAUCUGUUUUGAAGCCUCUUUUUAAAUAUCUUCCAAACUAUAAACUGGUCAGCUGGACUCUCAAUGCAAUUGAUCAAAUUUUCUCAACGUGAAGACUGGGUGAAGGAGAACCCCUACGCCCGACAGACAGGACAUGUGCAGCUGAACACACGGUGGGAGGAGGAUUGUGUCUGACCAUUUUGUCUGUCGAGGAUGUGAAAAAUCUGUUCAAAAUUGGAUUUAUGGUAACAUGAUUUCUGCUCUUUGGAGCUGCCGGUUACU